GAGGCAUCACAUCAUGCAUCUGCUACCGGAAACUGAUUGUGGGCCCAAGGCAUGGGCAGUGCUCAAGGACCUGCACGCUCCGACAUCGGUUGCCGCUUCUCUCAUGCUGGAUCGGGAGCUGUCCAUGCUGCGGUUGAGCGAGAAUGAACCUGUGCAGCCCGUACUGGACAAGAUGAGGGAACUCUACGCGAAAUUGGCGAUUGCUGGCAUCACGUACCCCGAGCAGACUAAGUGUCUCAAGAUGCUCAGCCUGCUGCCCGAGUCUUGGCUGCAAUUUAUAAGCGGACUCAGCUUGCCACAAAACCAAAGUCAAUGGACAUUGGAAUCCAUGUGGCACAUCCCUGCGCUGAUAUGGGAAUCAACAAAGAAGGAGUUGGGAGCAGUAAAGGCGGGAUCUGGAGUCCAGGGGGAGUGCAAUGCAGUUAGUGCUGCAGGAGUGACGGUUUCUGCAAGGUCGGGGGAGACUGAUUGGGAAACCGCACACAGGCGUCUAGGGCAUGUGGCUAUGCCAUUGCUGCAGCAACUGCAUAAGGAAGAAGCAGUAAAGGGGCUGAAGCUUUCUGGGCAACCAAAUGAUACCAAGUGCGAGACGUGUCUGCUGAGCAAGUUCACACGGUUCCCCUUUCACGGCGUAGCUGGGAAAAGCAAGGCAGCACUGGAACUGGUGCACAUGGACCUGGUAGGACCUUUUCCAGUUCAAGGAAGAAAGGGGGAAAGCUAACGACGUCCUAUACCCCUCAGUCAAAUGGCGUUGCUGAGAGGGCUAAUAGGACCAUCUUGGAAACUGCGCGAGCGCUGCUGAUCGAAUCAGGGCUGGGGAACUCCAUGUGGCCUCAUGCGGUGAGGCAUGCUA